AUGUCUGGACGUGGCAAAGGUGGUAAGGGCCUCGGAAAGGGUGGCGCCAAGCGUCACCGCAAGAUCUUGCGUGACAACAUCCAGGGUAUCACCAAGCCCGCCAUCCGUCGUCUCGCUCGCCGUGGUGGUGUCAAGCGUAUCUCCGCCAUGAUCUACGAGGAGACUCGUGGUGUUCUCAAGUCCUUCCUUGAGUCCGUCAUUCGUGAUGCCGUUACCUACACCGAGCACGCCAAGCGUAAGACCGUCACCUCGCUGGACGUGGUCUACGCCCUCAAGCGCCAGGGCCGUACCCUCUACGGUUUCGGUGGCUAA